AUGGACGUCCCAGGCUUUGCUCUAAUUACAGGCGGUGCCUCUGGAAUUGGUCGCGCCUGUGCCAGAGCAUUCGCACGCGAAGGUGCCGCUGGAAUCGCACUCAUAGACCUCAACCUUGAAGCCUUACAAGCUGUCAAGUCUGAGAUAGAAAAAGAGCAACUAUCACCAAACAAAGCCUUCCAAAUUGAGCUCUAUCCAUCGGACGUUACCGACGAGGAACGAAUCAAUCAGGUUGUCGGGGAAGCUGCACAGAAAUUUGGCCGAAUCGACUAUGUUGUCAACGCAGCUGGUAUCGCGAUGAAGCAUCAAGGCGGAGUAGCAUUUGCUCAAACCGCUGAUUGGAAUCGUGUUGUCAACAUCAACCUGAAUGGGACAUUCUUUGUUCUCAGGGCUGCUGCAAAAGUCAUGUUGAAGCAAGAACCAAUUCGCUCGUCCAUUAACGGCCGAGAAUUGCAGCGCGGAUCCAUCAUCAACUUCUCCUCCAUCCAGGGUGUCGUGGGUAUCACGCUGUCCACAUCCUACACCGCUGCUAAACACGCCAUCAUCGGUCUCACCCGCUCGGCCUCAGAGGACUACGCAAAGGACGGCCUUCGCAUAAACGCCAUAUGCCCGGGAUAUACAGAGACGCCAAUGACGACCAAGAACCCGGAGGUUUUGAAGGCAAUGCAGGAGCGCAUCGGGACAGCUGUUCCAAUGCAGCGAAUGGGACAGCCCGAAGAGAUUGCUGACGGUGUACUGUAUCUCGCUGGUGGAAGAAGCUCAUUUGUCACUGGGUCGGCUUUGGUGGUUGAUGGUGGGUAUACCCAGAGGUAG